AUGACUGCGUCUGACGUCGAAGCUCAAGCCGUUCAGGAGCCAUACGCUGGCACUGUCCGUAGUGAACCAUCUGCCAUGAAGAACCACCUCAUUGCUUUUUUGGGUGAGUUCUUUGGUACUUUUGUGUUCUUGUGGACUGCGUUUGUCAUUGCUCAAAUUGCCAACCAGGACCCAACUAUUCCAACUGUUGGUUCUGACCCAGGUCAAUUGAUUAUGAUUUCCAUCGGUUUCGGUUUUGGUGUCAUGGUUCCUGUGUUCAUGUUCUUCAGAAUCUCUGGUGGUAACUUAAACCCGGCUGUCACCUUCUCUUUGGUUUUGGCUGGUGCUGUGCCUCCUGUUAGAGCUGCCUUUAUGGUUUUCGCCCAGAUGGUUGCUGGUAUGGCCGCUGCCGGUGCUGCUUCCGCCAUGACCCCAGGCCCAAUUGCUUUCGCUAAUGCUUUGGGUGGCGGAUGCUCCAAAUCUAGAGCUGUCUUCAUUGAAGCUUUUGCUACUUGUCUUUUGUGUUUGGCUGUCUUGUUCAUGGCUGUUGAGAAAGCUAAAGCUACAUUUAUGGCUCCUUUGGUGAUUGGUUUUGCCUUGUUCUUGGGACACUUGAUUUCCGUUUACUAA